CUAUGGGGCAGCUCUACUCUGUCAUAUAGGGUCACUAUGAGUCGGAAUCAACUCUACGGUACCCAACAACAACAUAGCCCAAGUGCUAAGAACCUGUACCUAUGUGCCAGGUUUGAAUCCCUGGUCUGCCACUUGCUAGUUGUGAGAUCAUGGGCAAGUUACUAAACCUCUCGGUACCUAAGUUUCCUCCUGGGUCAAGCAGGGAUAACGCACCUACCUCACAGAGUCGUUAUGAAGAUUAAAUAAAAUGGUACGUAUAAAAGACUGGCCUAUGGUAAGCACACAGAGGUUUCUUGUUAUUAGAAAAUUAUUGAGAACAUUGGCUUCAUACACCUUUUGUAUUAGAUCUUUUCACUUUUUCAGUUUUGAAGGGAGUAGUGUAAGCUCUGGUAACAACCAGAAGAAACUUUUCCCUAGAAAAUUGGUUUCUUAAACUAAAAUGUAUUGUUACUUAAUGCAGAAAAAUAGCAUCCUUUAUUCCUGACUUGGCAUAUAACUAGGUAGUAGUCUCUUAAGCACAAUGAAAAAAAUACUGUUUACAAACAGAUAUUAUUGUUUUAGUGUUAAAAAUGGUUGUGCAAGGGGCUAGGGACAGGAGAAGGGGCAUGGGGAAGGAGGUGUAGGUGUGGUUAUCAAAUGGCAAUAAGAAGGAUCCUUGUGGCGAUGGAACUGGUCAGUGUGCUGACCGUGGUAGUGGAUACAUGAGCCUACAUGGGGUAAAAUUGUAUAGAACUAUAUAUACACACAUGCACAAAUGAGUACAAGUAAAGCUGAUAAAUCUGAAUAAGAGCAGUGAAUUGUAUCAAUAUCUAUGUCUUGGUUGUGAUAUUAUACUAUAAUUUUGUAAAAUGUUACCUUUGGGGGAAACUGGAUAAAGGGUACAUAGGUUGUCUCUGUAUUAUUUCAUAAAACUACUUAUGAAUCUGCAAUUAAUAAAAAUUUCAAUUAAAAAAUGGAUGUGUAGCAAUUAUAUAACAGUAAUAAAUAAUUUUUAUUUGUUUUUAGGUUGUUCCUGCCUGAUUCAUAAACCAUCACUGGCCUUUGAUUGCUCUCACGUCUGCUGUGGGCUCUGUUUUGUGUGACACCUUAAACUCACCUGUGCUUCAAACUUAGAAGGACAGCCUGGUGAUCCUGGAUAUGCCCCAGCUCUAGUGAUGCAGGUUACCUUUCUGCUCCUGGGAUUACAUCUGUGCCUCAGACUUUUCCCCCCAGCUUGAGACCGCUUAUAAACUGGGAUGUGGAAACCCAGGAAGCACAGCUAGUGGCAACUGAGAGAGCCACGUCUGGGUAGAGCCAGGCCCGGACCACAAUGCUGCCUCUGCCCUGGUCUGGAGUUGAGCUGCAGUGGCUCGGCUGAUGCACCCAGCACCAGGCCCUCGUUUGUGCUUAAAUGGCGCAUCUGAAAAGAAAGGUGUGAGCAGCAAAGCCCAUGGCCACCUACCCCUGCCGAUUAUGUGGCAAGACAUUCCUCACCCUGGAGAAGUAUACCAUUCAUACUUAUUCCCACUCCAGGGAGCGGCCUUACAAGUGUUUGCAGCCUGACUGUGGCAAAGCCUUCGUUUCCAGAUAUAAGUUAAUGAGGCACAUGGCUACUCAUUCACCCCAGAAAUCUCAUCAGUGUGCUCACUGUGAGAAGACAUUCAACCGGAAGGACCACCUGAAAAACCACCUCCAGACUCAUGACCCCAACAAAAUGGCCUUUGGGUGCGAGGAGUGUGGGAAGAAGUACAAUACCAUGUUGGGCUACAAGAGGCACCUGGCCCUCCAUGCGGCCAGCAGUGGCGACCUCACUUGUGGGGUCUGUGCCUUGGAGCUAGGGAGCACAGAGGUGCUGCUAGACCACCUCAAAGCCCACGCAGAAGAAAAACCCUCUACUGGAACCAAGGAAAAGAAGCACCAAUGUGACCACUGCGAGCGAUGCUUCUACACCCGGAAGGACGUGCGGCGCCACCUGGUGGUCCACACAGGUUGCAAGGACUUCCUGUGCCAGUUUUGUGCCCAGAGGUUUGGGCGCAAAGACCACCUCACACGACAUACCAAGAAGACACACUCACAGGAGCUGAUGAAAGAGAGUCUGCAGAAUGGAGACCUCCUGGGCACCUUCCACUCCAUCUCGCCUCCGUUUCAACUGAAGGCUGCCCCGCUGUCUCCUUUCCCUUUAGGAGCAUCUAUGCAGAAUGGGCUUACAAGUAGCUUGCCAGCUGAGGUACACAGCCACACCCACAGUCCCUCGGAACAAAUCUCCCAACCUGUGCAGCCCCUGCCAGAGCCCCUCCCCUCCCUCCACCCCUCAGCAUCUCCUAGCUCUCCUCCAUCCCUCCAGAAUCACAAGUACAACACCACUUCUACCUCAUACUCCCCGCUUGCAAGUCUGCCCCUCAAAGCAGAUACUAAAGGAUUUUGCAAUAUCAAUCUGCUCGAGGACUUGCCUCUGCAAGAGCCUCAGUCACCUCACAAGCUCAACCCAGGCUUUGAUCUGGCCAAGGGAAGUGCUGGUAAAGUAAACCUGCCCAAGGAGCUACCUGCAGAUGCUGUGAACCUAACCAUACCUGCCUCUUUGGACAUUUCCCCCCUUUUGGGCUUCUGGCAGCUGCCCCCUCCUGCUACCCAAAAUGCCUUUGGGAAUAGCACUCUCAGCCUGGGGCCAGGAGAACCCCUGCCCCAUAGGUUAAGCUGUCUGGGGCAACAGCAACAAGAACCCCCACUAGCCAUGAGCACUAUGAGCCUGGGUCAGCUCCCCCUGCCCCCUAUCCCCCACGUGUUCCCUGCUGCCACUGGCUCUGCCAUCCUGCCUCAUUUCCACCAUGCAUUCAGAUGACUGGUUUUUCAAGCAUCCUUAUCCUGGAAAAUGUUUUAAGAAGCAUCUUAAACAUCAGUUGUAAUACAAGGAAGAUUAGACAGCAGGACUGGGAAUAUAGGGCUUAUUCAGUAAUGGCUGGCUAGAAAUGAGUUCUCAUACUGCAUGUAUUUGUGCCAAUCUGUGCUGUGUGUUCAUGCUUUGUACCAAAUGUAACGAGCACGUAUUCUUUAAUGAAACUGCAAAUAUCGUCAUAAUGAAAAUCCAAAACAAGGGCUGCUAUCUAUAAAUAGGUGUUUGUCAUAUUGAAUAUAACCAUAAGCCAUGAUCAUAAUAAUGUUAACUACAUAUAUAACUUUAUGUGGCAUUGCCUAGUAAAUGAACUAUGGAAAGGUUUGGCUUUCUUCAAGUCAGGAGAACUUUUAAAAUAAGAAAAUAGCCUUUAUAUGGUAUAUUAUAACUAGGCUGUGUAUUUCUUUUCAGGGAUUUUUCUACCUUCAGGGUUGGAUGUAGUUUAGUUACUAUUGCCAUAGCCAACCUGUAGUCUUACAAAAACAAUUUCUUGUGGAACAAUAGAUUUCUACAUUUAUAAAAGCAUUUUAAGUUUAGUUUGAAUAUUUUCCACAAGAUGCUACUAUGUGAGUUAUCACUGACUUCAUUUAUCUUAAAGACUAAACUGUUGUCAGUCAUGUCUGACAGAAAAAAAAAAUUUAAAAAAAAAAUUACUGUGUAACCAGGUUAAGUGGUAAAAUAAUCUAGGUGUCAGCCAAGAAAGGC